AUGUGCUGCCAUCCUUCCAGACCUCGCCGAGCAGAAGGCGACAUCAAGACAGUUGACAUCUGCUACAACAAGGACCGAAAGGUUCGGCGCAGGGAGCCCAAGAGCCAGGACAUCCGCCUGAGGCCGCUGGUCAAGCUGUACAAGUUUCUGGCCAGACGAACCAACUCUACCUUCAACCAAGUUGUGCUGAAGCGGUUGUUCCUGACUCGCUACAACCGGCCGCCCCUGUCCCUUUUCCGGAUGAUCCGGAACAUGAAGCUUCCUGGCAGCGAAAACAGAACAGCUGUGGUUGUGGGGACCGUAACAGACGACAAGUGGAUUCAGGAGGUGCUCAAACUGAAGGUGUGUGAGCUGCGCGCGAGCAGCCACGUCUGGGGCUGCAUCCUCAAGGCCGGUGGCGAGACCCUCACCUUCGUUCAGCAGACCCUGGACUCCCCCCAGGACUGCGGCACCGUCCUGCUCUCCGGUACCCGCAAAGGCCGGGAGGUGUACAGGCAUUUCCGCAAGCCCCGCGGAACCCCGCACAGCCGUACCAAACCCUACGUCUGCUCCAAGAGCCGACCCGCAAGCCCCGGCUACAAAAACAAGCCCCAGAUCCUGCAGAGAUUAAAAAGGUUUUAG